ACACUUUAAACACUAUAUGUUUAAAUACGAGAUUAUUCAGAUAAUUAACCAACCAUAGACGAGAACUGGGUAGAUAUUAAGUUUCCUUGUAUAAAAAUUGCAUGACGUCAAGUCUAUAUUCAAUCACAUUAGAUGACUAGAAGGAGCGGUGGCGAGAUGUUCCUAUGCCGUCUAAAUCCCAUCGGAUGCAUCACGGUGGUCAAGCAGCGGCUGGAUUUACGCCGGCCAGCUUCAAAACUGGUUCCUUGCAGCAGACAGAAAACUAUAUCUGGAAUACCGCAGAUGCUUUGGGAAAGGGGGCAACAGCAGUUGUUUAUUUCGGGCGACACAAGGAUUCCGGUGAUGUAUGCGCAGUAAAGGUGUUCCACGAGCGAAUAGCUCGUCACAUGUUCUCCACGCGGCAACGUGAAAUAGAAACGUUACGUAGCUUGCGACACGAAAAUAUUGUGAAGCUUAUUGCUCUUGAAACAGAGACUGUAACCGGAAAUGAAGUCCUUGUUAUGGAAUACUGCUCUGGGGGUUCCCUGUACACCAUGCUUGAACAGCCCCAAUACGCAUACGGGUUUCCGGAAACAGAGUUCCUCUUAUUUCUAAGACAUCUUGCCGACGGCAUGCGGUAUUUGCGCUCUGCAGGAUACAUACAUAGAGAUAUAAAACCAGGAAACAUAAUGAGGUUUAUUGCAGAAGAUGGCAGAUCGUUAUACAAGAUAACAGACUUUGGAGCUGCGAGAGAAUUACAAGAAGACGAAACGUUCAUGUCUAUAUAUGGCACCGAGGAGUAUCUUUAUCCAAAGAUGUAUGAGCAAGCGGUACUGCGGCGGCCCGGCGUUCAAGAGUUCGAUGCCUCAGUUGACCUCUGGAGUCUCGGGGUAACACUCUAUCACGUGGCUACUGGGCAACUUCCGUUUCAACCGUACGGUGGGCGGAGCAAUUCAGCUACAAUGCAUUUGAUAACAUCAAAGAAACCAACCGGUGCAAUAUCAGGAGUACAGAAAACAUUAGAUGGACCAAUAGAAUGGAGUAAUACAUUACCUGACACGUGUCAGAUGUCUGAUUACCUGAAGCAGGCGCUGGUAGAAAUGUUUACAGGCUUGAUGGAACUGGACUCACGGAAGAUGUGGAAUUUUGACAUGUUUUUUCAAAUGGCUCAUAAGCUAGAUAAUAGACUUAUAUUACAUGUAUUUUCUUGUUGUACAGCUCAACACAUUCGUCUUUACGUUGAUACUUCCGACACAUACACAAAACUCCAAGACCGACUUGCAGCGGAAACGGAAUUACCUGCCAUACAUCAGCUUAUUCUAUGGCACGAUCAACAACUUUGUGACGUCAUAGAUCAAACUGCGCAAAUAAGAAAUUAUCCAAAAUCUGUGAUAAAAACUCGAUGGUAUCUUGUUAACAGACAAUCGAUGGAAAAUUAUUCAAUAAAACUUUUUACAAUACCGCCAUUUCCUCAUAUAAAUCCUUCGAUGGAAAGCCUCGACGUGGAUGCCGUAUCAUCGAAGAAAUCCACUGCCGUUGCCUAUCUUAUAUGUACGGCGGUAGGAACAUUCUUGGAACAGCAGAAACAUAUCUCGAAGGGAGAAUUGCUAUUCAGACGGUUCAUAAAGAAUACUGUAGGAAAUUCAGAAUGGAUAGUUCCAGAAAUAAAACAAAGACUUGAGGAAACUAGAAUGCACCAAGAAUCUUUUUCUAAAACAUUUAAUUUAUUAUUAAAAUUAUUUAAUACAUUGAACUCAGUAACUCCUGUUGAAGAAAUGAUGUCUACAAAAGUAGGAAUGUCCGUGACUCUACAGGAACCAGUCAACCAACUGUUACAAUGUCUUCGUGAAGAGUCACUUGAUGUAUUUUAUGAGAAGAUAUAUACGCGCCUUAAUGAGAUCGAGGUAUAUGUUAGCGUUCUAAGUAAACGUAUAUCAGAACAAGAGAUAGAAAGAUUAAGGCAUAAUCAUGGUUGUGUGGAGGAUGACCAUUGUCUUUCAAAAGCAGAAACAUUGAAGAACAAAAUAGCUAGUGUGUCUGCUACGAUGGUAAAACAUCGCAAAUAUGGCGACCUACAUAGUCAUGAAAAAUUCAUUCAUAAAUGCGAAAAACAGAAGCUUCAGGAAUACAACAUGUUUAUGUGGUCGCUAGCAGUAGAACAUUGCAAGAAAAAUGUUCAAAACGUUUACCGAAGUACGCAGCGUGAAAUGGGAAAUCUUACAAAACACUUAACACGCACCAAGAAAGUAGAACAAAACAUAUCGUCAGUGAAAGACAGUUUAUUGCAGCUGAGUGAUCGGCUAAAACAAAAAGAAGAAAAAUGCCGCAGUAUAGUUGAAAAAAUAACAAAGUUGCUGGAGAAGACCCUUGUUGAUUGUAAAGGAAGAUUUAAAAUGUCGCCCCUAGCAGCUAGCGAUGUUCGUAGUCAACCACCCGGAGCUGAGACAACAGCCCAGGCAAAAUAUGAACCGAUUCGAAGUGAGUUAAGCAUGCAAGAAUCUGUGACGUCAGAAAGUGAUUCGUCUGGUCGUGAGGGUAGCACAAAACCAAAACGUCAGAGGACAAUGCUUCUGGACAAACUAACAAAGGAAUUGAUGUCUCUGAAAACUGACAGCGAUGAAUUAAGACAAUUAGUAGUUGAAAGUGGAGAUGUUAUGCAGCAAUUUCUUUCGGAAACAUCUAAUCUCCGUAUAGAAGGAUCACUUGACAGUGAUCAGAGGCGACUACAUCCGGAUGAUACGUAAUUGGUCUCCGAACAUGCUCAAAUAUUUCGCUAAAACUACAAAUCUAGCAAAACCCUUCCAAUAAUUCCAUACUGACGAAAUAAGUCAGAAAACUCUACAAUGAAUUUACCGUACUAUACUUUUUUUUAACUGUUUGAUAUAUAAGAGUUAGUUUUGGUUGUACCAUUUAUGAUGAUUUUAAUAAAAAAGUUAAGAAAAAUACGUAGCCCAACACGCGAUGAAAUUGCAAUUCCUUUAUUUUUAGAUGUUCCAGGAGCAUCUUUAGUAGUAGUAGUAGUAGUUGAUAUGCCUGUCUAGUAAGGGUGUGCUUUUUAAAUAUCAAACAUUAUGAUAAUGUUUUAUUCCUUUUUCUCUAUGCAACCAAAUAUUUUUAUACUGUAAUAAAAUGUUAGUGCCGUUUGAAACUACGAAAUAGUUCUGAUAAUAGAGAUGUUUUUUAUGGAUUUGUUCCUCGAAGGGUUCUUUGCGUUGAAGUUAUAGCGAAUAUAUGUAGCAUUAUUUUUGGCGACCAUUACAAUUGAGGCGGAGGGAUUAAGAUGUUCACGAGUAUGUGACUCCUGGAAAAUAAGCUGCGUUGUUUAUAGGUGUAUAAAGUAAAUACUUCGUUACUGUAGUAACAGUAAAGUGGAACCACUAACUGAGAAGGCUGUUUGUCUUGUCUUUGCUAUUAUCUGGUAUAUCUCAUUUGACUUCUAAGUUUUACAAUAGAAUGACAUAAUUGUAGACUAUGUAAUGACAAUUGAAUGUCUAUAGUGUACAUAGUAAAACAAAGUGUACAUACAUUGACAUUGUACAGAAAGAAAGUGUACAUACAUUGACAGAAAGUGUACAUACAUGACAG